UCGAAAGGAGAGGGGUUGUCAUCAACUAUAAAUCUAGUCUAUCUUCCAUUUUCUUUCCCCUCCUCAUCCUUCUAGAAUCACACCCCAAGCCAGUUCACAACAUGGGCAACCAAGGCAUUCGUACUGCACUGAAAGUCGACCUAGACAAGCCUGCCUGGGAGCAAAAGGGCCUUCAUAACCGAUGGCAUCCCGACGUCCCCAGCUGCGGAACCAUUGCAAACAAUGAAGUCGUCAAGAUCGAGUGUCUCGACUGGACUGGCGGCCAAAUCAAAAACAACGACUCGGCCGACGAUGUCAAGAAUGUCGACCUUACUCAGGUCCACUACCUCUCGGGUCCAUUCGACAUCGAAACCGCAGAGCCAGGGGACGUCCUGCUCGUUGAGAUCCAGGAUGUCCAGCCAUUCCAGGACCAGCCCUGGGGCUUUACCGGUAUAUUCAGUCGACAGAACGGAGGAGGGUUUCUAGAUGAGAUCUAUCCUAAAGCGGCCAAAGCUAUCUGGGAUUUUGAGGGGAUCUUCUGCUCCUCUCGACAUAUUCCACAUGUCCGUUUCGCCGGUCUCAUCCAUCCCGGGAUUCUGGGGUGUGCGCCGUCCGCAGAGGUUCUAGCGGAAUGGAAUCGUCGCGAGGGAGAGCUAAUUGCAGCCAACACGACGGGACGAGAGGUCGCAAAACCGCCAGAGCCCACGAAUGUCCACGCGGGCAGUGCCAACGAGGAGCUCACGACCAAGAUUGGACGUGAAGGAGCACGAACCAUUCCCGGCCGUCCUGAACACGGAGGCAACUGCGACAUCAAGAACCUCUCGCGGGGCUCAAAGGUCUACCUCCCUGUCCACGUUCCCGGGGCCAAGUUCUCAGUCGGCGAUCUACACUUCUCCCAAGGCGACGGGGAGAUUUCCUUCUGUGGCGCCAUCGAAAUGGCCGGGGUGAUCACGAUCAAAUUCACCGUGAUCAAGAGCGGCAUGGCCAAGAUGGGGAUGAAGUCGCCGAUCUUCCAGCCGGGCCCGGUAGAGCCGCACUUUGGACCGGGCCGCUACCUGACCUUUGAGGGCUUUUCCGUGGACGAAACGGGCAAGCAGCACUAUCUGGAUGCGACGGUUGCGUACCGGCAGACGUGUCUCCGGGUGAUUGAGUAUCUGCGGCGGUAUGGGUAUAGUGACUAUCAGAUUUAUCUGCUGCUGAGCUGUGCGCCGGUGCAGGGGCAUAUUGCGGGCCUGGUGGAUAUUCCGAAUGCGUGUACGACUCUGGGAGUGCCGAUGGAUAUCUUUGAUUUUGAUAUUCGGCCUGAGGUGGAGGCGGUGCCGAUGGACAUGGGAAGUUGUGCCUUUGCUUCUGAGGGAUGAAGUAUGUUCAUAUUUAUAUACAGUCAUCAUCAUAAUUCAUUCUCAUGCCCAAUGGGACCCGACCUGAGUCGCUAUAUAUAUAAAACUACGCAAAAUACUCAUC